GUUUGAGCGGUUCAACGAGAAGGCGAUCAAGGCGGUGAUGAUGGCGCAAGAAGAGUCCCGGCGCCUCGGCCACAACUACGUCGGCACCGAGAUGCUGCUCGUCGGCAUCGUGGCGGAGAGCUCGGGCGCCGCGGCCAAGGUCCUCAAGAAGAUGGGGGUCCAGCUGAAGGACACCCGCAAGGCGGUAGAAGAGAUGGUCGGGCGCGGCAGUGGCAUGACCGCCGUGGAGAUCCCCUUCACCCCCGCCGCCAAGCGGGUCCUGUCGGACGGCGUGGAGGAGGCGAAGCGCCUCAAUUCCAACAACGCGGCGGUGGACCCCGCGCACAUCCUGCUGGCGCUCAUCAAGGAGGACGGCGGCAACGCGGUGAAGCUGCUGCAGAAACUCGACGUCGACCCCAGCAAGGUUCCCGAGGAGAUCAUGAAGAACCCCCAGCGCGCGUGGUAA